GUGUGUUGCUGAUAUUGCAGGCUUUGAAAAAAGGAGGGCUGACUGCGCACCAAGAGUAGAGUGCGUCCUACAUGGGGCUGGACCACGAGGGCUGAAACCACCUUGCCCCAAUCCAGACGCCCUCCUCCCAACUCAACCUGCCCCUUGAUCCUCAACCCGCCCAGCCCACCACCAGUACCAGCACCCCUCCUCCACUCCCAGCUCAGUCACUCACACACUCUCCUUUCUCUCUCCUGCUGUGUGUGCCAGUCCCUCUCUCCCUCCACUUCCUCAAAGUGGCCAGAGCUCCUCUCUUCACUCUUGUCCUCUUUACAUCUCUCCACCACUCUUUCACUCCCUCCUCCAGCUGUGAGACUGACCAGUGCUCCUGUCCACAUUUACCAAGUUAAAAGAAUCUCUGGCUGCUAUACUUUUCCCAAACUUCUCCCGAAGUCUUUAUUUUCAUUCUUGACUUCUUCUAUUUAUUUAUUUUUAUUUUUUUGGGAGGGGGCCUUAACCCUUCUCCUCUGGAGUGGCCGGUUGGUGUGUGUCUGGCGCGUGUGCGAGGGCUCUGGUGUCGUGUUCUUUGCCCUGAGGGAGCCCCUAAAGGUUGUGACUGACGGAGAGACAUUUUCACCACGAUGAAUGUUCAGCUGCUGCUCCUGUUGGCCCUGGUUGGCCCUUUCUGCGCCUUCACACAUGCAAGCCCCACAGCACUUCCUACAGAGGUUUCUGAUAUGGUCACUGCAACAGAAACAGACAUCAGUGCUGAUGCUACAGCCGCUCCUGACACUCCUGACGCUCCAGCCACUCAAGGCACUCUAGAUGCGGACCUUUCUAUUGUCACGGGUCCUCCUGCAACAGAACCCGCAGCGGCCCCUGAAGAGGUUGCAACAGAAGUUGUCACAGAAGCGGCGCCACCUGCAGUUACAGUCAAUACUGAAGAGGCAAUCGUUGAGACAGUAGCCCCUACUCCCGCCGCUGCUACUAAUGAAGCACCCGAACCCCUUAUCACUGACCCUCCUAUUGUGGAGACCGCAGCCCCCACUAUGGCAGGAGAGGCUGAGGUCGUAGCAGAGGUGACGGAAAAGUCAGAAGAUGUGUUGCUCACUGAUGAUACGCCAGGCGACCUGAGUUAUGGCCAGAUAGUCGGCAUUGUGAUUGGUGCCCUGUUGGCAGUGGUCAUCGUCAUCGCCGUGGUGAUUGCUGUGGUGAGGAGGAUGGGCAAAUACUCGUCUGCCAAGAACAAAAAACCUGCAAAAAAAGACAGCGUUAUGGUUUCUCCCUUGAGGAAGAAGUCGGCCAAGCAGCAGGAGCGCCCAAAGUUCUGGAAAUUUUGAACUACUGAGCUGUGACGUCAUUUCCGAUCAUUAAAUCAAGCACGAUACCAGAACUAAACUAUUCUAACCAGGACUCUGGACUGUUGCCAAAAAAAAAAGAGGGGGAGGGAGGGUUGUGUGUGUUUGUGUAUGUGAGACAAGAGGGGUAUAUGAGCAAACAUCCUCACCUCCCCCGCUACCUCCCUCACCCCCAGGUGGCGCUGAUAUAAAAGGGCUCCGUCCUCCCUUACUUCCUCUGAGAGAACAAAACAAGGUGACAAAAGGAUGUCACAAAGAAUUUCAGGCCUUUUCAAAUGCAUUUUGUUAAAUAAAGAGAGAGAGAGAAAGAAGGGUUGGGGAUUAUCUGACAUGUAGGGGUAAAAAAAAAAGAGUUUGGGAGGACUUAAAAUGGAAAAUACUGACAAAACUAAAGGAAAUUAGACACACGAAGAAAGCGGGAGCGGAAGAGAAAGCAGGAGAGACUGUUACAAAUUCCACAGGAUGUAUAUACAAUGCAAGGGGACUACAUAGUAUACAGCUAACGACUUUCUCAUUUGUUGCAGUUGCAUAGGCUAGCAUUUGAUAUUAUGGAAUACACAGUACAUACAGGCUAUUGUUGUCGUGGCUAGCGGACUCACCCCUGAGCACUGGUUAAAACAUUUCCUCACAUCGACCCGAAUCCCUGAUAUGUUGGUCAAACUAUAUGAAGCACCGUGUGAAGAAGUUGUUUUGACAUAGCACUCAUAGAGCUCUGAGGGCUAGCGCGGAGCUAACAGAAAAGAAAAAAGGCACCCUCAUUUGCAAGACUAACGUGACAUUCUGCCCACUUUAACACUGACAUAUAAAAACCUAAUACAUAUCUGUGAAAUUUAGCAGAAGGGUUUGUGCCACUGUCUCUGGUAUUCUCUAGGUAGUUAGGAGGAUUUUAACUUUUGAAGUGCAUUAUUAAUGUGAAAUGACUGUACUUUUUAACUGCCACCCAUUCCAAAAAAAAACAAAACAAACAAACAGCUUUCAUGACUUCUGGUGUGUCGCUUUAUACAGGCUCACACGCAGCCACUGGUUAUUAGAUAUAGUGAUAGCAUUGUUAUAACAAUGUAUUCAGAGUACUUCUGUUAAUAGUUAGAUUACCAGAACAGCCAUCCAGUCUUUAAUUUGAGCUAACCCCAGAUUGUGUGCACAGGCUGAUGUUUCGUAUUGUAGUUGCACUUAGUUUUAGUGCACAGUGUUAGGCAGCAAUGCCCUUUUUUGUUAUUUUUGCAAUUGUAAGUGUGCUAAAUGGGUGUACAAAUAAUGAAAUCUCAGCUUCGCUCUGCUAGCUUUACAAACUCGUUUAAUAUGUGCACUGAAUGAGUGAUGUAACGUUUAAUGAAUAGGCUUUAGACACUGCAAAUGUUUGCAACGACGUGUUUGUUUCCUCCCUUCUGCUUUGUCACAUAUUAUCAGUUUUAGGUCUUUAAUUUUUGUGCCAUCUGAUUUGUUUGAACCCUUUUAAUUUAAUUGCAGUGUUUUUUGUUCAUACUGUUUCAAUAAAAAACUGAAAACAC